UCUCCGGUACGUCUGCAGUGUUUGUGCUCCCGUCAAGCAGUCCAUUAUUCUUAAUCCUUUGCAUUACUUAUUUUACACGAACUUGGAAAGAGAAUAUUUGUUAAAGUAACAAUUAUAUUCAAAGCCAAGCGUAAAAUACUUUAGAAGAAUUAACAGCCAUAUCUCAUCUUUUCAAAAUGUAUGUGUUUUUAUUUUCAUUUAUAAUUUUAACUUCUAGCUUGUGUAUACAAGUCAGUGCAAGCCCUCAUAGUCACAAACAUGGAGCGGAACGAGAAAUAGAUGGAGCGUAUAGUCCUAGGGAUCACUCACACUAUGAAGGAGAAGAUCACAAUGUGGAAUUUGAUCAUGAGGCUAUACUGGGUAGUACCAAGGAAGCAGAAGAAUUUGACCACUUGCCUCCAGAAGAAGCCAAGAAAAGACUGGCUGUACUGUUAACAAAAAUGGAUACAAAUAGUGACAAAGAAAUCACCACCACAGAACUGAAGCAAUGGAUUCUCAGGUCUUUCAAAUCACUCUCAGAAGAAGAGUCUCGAGAAAAGAUGAUGGAAGUUGACUUGGACAAGGAUAAUCAAGUGACAUGGAAUGAGUAUAAAGCUGAAACUUACGGAGUGGAUGAUGAAGUUGAAGAUGGACUAUUCUCUGGAAAAGAACAUGCUGAAGAAAAGGCACUGAUGAAAAAUGAUAAAGAACUCUUUCAAACAGCUGAUGUAAAUAAAGAUGGAACCCUCAGUGCUGAAGAAUUUUUGGCUUUUACUCACCCAGAAGAAGCACCUCACAUGCUUGAAGUCAUUCUAAGACAAACACUUGAAGAAAAAGAUGUCAACAAGGAUGGCUUUAUAGACUUUCAAGAGUACAUUGGUGAUCGAGGGCAAUCAAAAGACAAGGCGUGGUUAAUAGCCGAGAAGGAAAAGUUUGACCACGAGCUGGACUCUGACGCGGAUGGGCGUUUGGGUGCUAGGGAAAUCAUCGGUUGGGUCUUACCGAGUACAGAAGAGAUAGCAGCAGAAGAGGUUGAUCACCUUUUUGCGUCAGCCGACGAUGAUCACGACGGUUUGUUAUCCUUCGAAGAAAUUCUCGAACACCACGAUGUUUUCGUCGGUUCAGAAGCGACCGAUUACGGAGACCAUCUGAAUAACAUCCAUCGUUUCCAAGAUGAGCUAUAAUAAAAGAACAACAUGAAAAUGCGUUUUAAGCUAUCAAUAUAACGCUAUUUUGCAAUGGUAAUUUAUCAUUUUCGUUCUCCACUGAGUAAACUGGAGUUCAUCCUAGGUCAUUAAAAACCAUGGAAAUUUCCCGGUUUCCUUUGAAGAUACCGCUACGAUGUAUGUGUUUAAAAGUGCAAAAUUAGUCUAGUGUUUUGUGUAAUUUGCUUAAUGCCUUUUGUCUCGUAAUAAAUAGAAAAUUUUGAGAGA